CUGUAGGUGUUACGGGAUCAUACAAUACUGUAAGUAGUGUUAAUGUUUGAGAGACUAGUCAAGGAGCACUGGAACCAGAGGAAAUACUCCAAGGACAUCUACGCUCCACCAGAGAUGACCCAGAUGGUGAAGUCUGACAGGGGGGAGAUGGAGGAGAUGAUGGUGGCUAUCUACGCUAGUGCUGGCACCCUCAGAGGAGAUCAGCUGUCAGGUGCUGGGGGUCCAGAAAGGAGUUUCUCCAGAGCUGCAGCAGUGUGUCUGGGGCUGCUGUGUGCUCUCCUACUGGCUGGGGUCGUAGCACUGGGAGUCAUCUAUCUAAUGACAGUGACUGUGGAGAGACACCAGCUCCAGACCAAGUAUGAUAUCCUGACCAGAGAGAGAGACCAGCUGAACACCAGCAACAUCAUCCUGACCAGAGAGAGAGACCAGCUGAACACCAGUUACAUCAACUUGACCAUAGAGAUACGCCAGCUGAACACCAACAACACCAACAACACCAACCUGACCAGAGAGAGAGCCCAGUUACAGAGCAGUAACACCAUCCUGACCAGAGAGAGAGAUGACCUUAAGAGGAGGCUGUGCGAUGUCACUUCCUGUCCUGAUGGCUUGCAGAAGUUUGGCUGCAGCUGUUACUACGUCUCUACUGAGGAGAAAAACUGGGCUGGCAGCAGACAGGACUGUAGAGGCAGACGAGCAGACCUGGUGAUCAUAAACAGCCCAAAGGAACAGGAAUUCCUCAAUAACUUCACCAAGAGAGUGUGGAUCGGUCUAAGUGACACAGUAACAGAAGGAAACUUUACCUGGGUGCACGGAACUCCACUGACCACACCCAUGUACUGGUACAGCAAACAGCCUGAUAAUCACAUUUACGCAGGCAACGUUGAUGAAGGCUGUACUGAGAUAUACUACCCGUCUCCUGCUGAUACACAUGUUGUUCUUCCCAAGACAUGGAAUGAUAACAGAUGUGAUAAAAAUAAUUACUGGGUCUGUGAGAGAGGGAUCUAACAGAUAUACUCUGGGGUUUCUACACAUUUAAUCUUCUAGCAUUUACUUUCCCAGCUAUUGUCUUGUCAAUAAUACCUGUCAUAGCUCCAUGACGGAAAGAACAGUGAUGAUGAGUUUUCACUUCCUAUGGCUAACAUGAAGUACAUGAAGUACGGCUGAGUAACAUAGACUCAAAUAUUGUAUUACUGUUUAGUUGUAUUUACCACUCUGCUUGAUUUUCCUACUUAGAAAAUAUGUCAUUUCUUAAAUAAAACAGUCCUUUGGU